ACAAUAGAAAAUUUAUAAUAUUAAAUAAUUAUGGAUUUUAAAAUUUUUAUAAUACUAUUCGUUACAAUGAAUGCUUGUUUAGCUCGCAAUCCAAUGGAUGACAAAACUGAUGAUGACUUUCUGAACGAUUGCAUUCAUAAAAGCAAUGAACUUCGUGCUAGACACCAUUCACCUGGGUACGAUGAGGUUCAUGGCUACAAUUAUGAUACGGGUGAGGGUGCAGGUCAUUUCACCCAGUUGGUUUGGAAAUCAUCAACAGGGUUAGGGUGUGCCAGGUGUGCGGGUAGAGAGCCCGGGGGUGCGUGGUAUGAGACGUACGUGGUUUGCAAUUAUAAACCACAGGGUAAUAUAGUUACCGAUGAUAAACGGUAUUACCACGAAAAUGUGCUUCGACCUUAAAUUUGCUUUAAUUCAUUUUAAUUAUUUUAUAUUUUAUUUUA